UAUGGGAUCAUUCGUAUAAACUUUAGAGGAGGAGUAAUUAGUUAAUUAGAAUUUCAAAGAAAUAAAUCUAGAUCGAGAUGGUAAAUUGAAUUGAGAUGAAUUAGCUAAAGCAAUGUAAACAAUUUAUAUGUAUGAUGAAUUUUAAGCAUAAAUGUAAUAAAUAAGCAUCAAUAAGCUUUUUAGAAUAUUCCGAAUUUAUUAUGGCUUGUUUCAAGAAAAGAGUUCCACUUGCAGAAAUAAAUUUGAAAGAAUGCCUUUUAAUAAUUUGAAUUAAAUAGAGAUGGAAUGCUUAAUGGUUUAGGAAAUAAAAAUAGUCUUAGAGGGCAAUGAAAAUUUGAAGUGA